AUGAACUCAAGUCCAUCUGAAUUAGAACAAUUUUCUAACUGGACGUUGAAAGUCGGCGAUGGAAAGUUGGUAGAACCUAAUGAUGGUUAUGUAUAUAUUGACAUCCCAACUGAAUUUUUUAUCAUGGACUUUGAUGAUCCACUCCAAGCCAUUGUCCAAAACACAUAUCCAUAUUUUGUUAUGAAUUACAAGAAUGAAACAUCUUUGCAAUCAAGAGAAAUUUUGGCUGGAACCAUAGAGAUUGUUGAUCUUAUAAAUCAUUAUGUAUUGGAAUUCAUUCCAGGAGAGGAAAAGGAAUAUUUAAGUUCUGAUUCAGUCGACACGCCUGAUGGUGAUGGCAAUAAAGCAUUUGAUGUCUUAACUCCUGAAUUUUUGAAUACACUUAGAACUUAUGUACUUCCCAAUCACAAGAUUAAGUUGAAGAUUGACACUCCAAUUGUGCUUCUUAGAAAUAUUGAUCAAUCAGAAGGUAAGAACAUAAGAGGUGUCAUCUAUAUUACAAGAAUGGAUAUUACUCAUACCCAGUCCUCAUGGCCCUUCAAAAUGAUUAGAAGGAAAUUUCCUAUAAUUGUAUGUUAUGCUAUGACAAUCAACAAAUCUCAAGGUCAGUCAUUGGAUUAUAUCGGAAUAUAUUUUCCUAGAAAUGUCUUCAGCCACGAUCAACUUUAUGUUGCAAUAUCAAGAGUAAAAAGCAAAAAAGGUCUUAAGAUAUUAAUUCAUGACAAAGAAAACCAACCGUUGGAGGCUACGACAAAUGUUAUUUUCAAAGAAGUUUUUGAAAACGUAUACAAAAUAUUUGGCAUCAGCAACAAAGUAAGCGUUAAGAAGAACGAAGUUAUACCGGUUGAAGAAUCUGUGUUAUGCUUAGGUUGCUAUCAAAUUUUUUAG